CGCUCCCAUUAUGCGAGCUUUCAAUACAUUCGAGACCCUUGGGACGUUGGAUGCACGUCACAAGUAAAUGGCAGAAUACGAAAACACGAUUGAAAAUAGUGUCUCGUCGUGAAGAAAGUAGGUAUUUCGAUAGGCGUCGUGAAUGGUAGUUUGCACGAAACAAGAGUGACGAUAAUUCGUUAGGAAAGAAUGUUUGUUUCCGAGGAAGUAUGACGACCUGACGACCUACGGAGGAUGGAAAACUAAGGAACGGUACGUACACUUAAUAAUUCAAACAUUUGGAACAGCCCUGGAGCAGCACUGAAAAGAUGGCAGAAGUAGACCCAGAAACAUUACUAGAAUGGCUCAGCAUGGGUCAAGGGGACGAAAGGGAUAUGCAACUCAUAGCCCUAGAACAGCUGUGCAUGUUGUUACUUAUGUCUGAUAAUGUUGACAGAUGUUUUGAAAGUUGUCCUCCACGUACGUUUCUCCCGGCCCUUUGUCGCAUCUUUUUGGAUGAACUUGCCCCUGAUAGUGUGCUGGAGGUCACAGCUCGUGCGAUCACAUAUUAUCUUGAUGUAUCGGCAGAAUGUACGCGAAGAGUAAUCUCUAUGGAUGGUGCUGUCAAAGCGAUUUGCGGUCGUCUUUCUGGAGCAGGACUUGGAUCUCGAGCCAGUCGAGAUUUAGCUGAACAGUGUAUCAAGGUCUUGGAGCUUGUUUGCGCUAGAGAAGCAGGAGCAGUUUUUGAAGCCGGCGGUCUACCAUGUGCCUUGUCAUUCAUACGUGAACAUGGAGCGCGAGUACACCGUGACACAUUGCAUUCUGCAAUGGCAGUUGUUUCUCGUUUGUGUGGAAAAGUUGAGCCACAGGAUAAGGCAUUGCCGGAUUGCGUUGAAGCUUUAUCCACUCUACUGCGGCAUGAAGAUGCCCAUGUUGCUGACGGUGCAUUGAGGUGUUUCGCCUCGUUAGCUGAUAGAUUCUCGCGAAGAGGUGUUGACCCUGCCCCUUUAGCUUCCCAUGGCUUAGUUUCUGAAUUACUGUAUAGAUUAUCAAACGCAGCUGGACCUGGUGCAUCUGCAGCUACUACAUCAAGUAACACAAAAACUCCACCCCCGUCUACAACAUCGACAGCUCCAGCCCCAGAACCAAAGUCUUGCGCUUCAGUUUCAACGAUAAUUAGCCUUUUAUCAACAUUGUGCAGAGGGUCUCCAUCGAUAACGCACGACUUGCUUCGUUCGGAGUUGCCUGACGCAAUAGAGAAAGCUUUAAAGGGCGAUGAAAGAUGUGCCCUAGAUUCAAUGAGAUUAGUAGACUUGCUUUUAGUUCUAUUAUUUGAAGGAAGAUCGGCUCUAGGUAGAGGUGCAGCGGGGGGUCCGUCUGGUCCUUUAUUGCCUCGACUUAGGAGGCUCGACAGUGCCGGGGAAAAAUCUCAUAGACAGUUAAUCGACUGUAUUAGAUCAAAAGAUACUGACGCGUUAAUAGAAGCCAUAGACUCUGGUGGUAUAGAAGUUAAUUUCAUGGAUGACGUUGGACAAACUCUUCUGAACUGGGCGUCAGCUUUUGGUACGCAAGAAAUGGUAGAAUUUUUAUGCGACAGAGGAGCGGACGUUAACAAGGGCCAACGAUCGUCCAGUUUACACUAUGCAGCUUGCUUUGGAAGGCCAGCUAUCGCAAAAGUGUUACUCAGACACGGUGCUAAUCCGGAUUUGAGGGAUGAAGACGGUAAAACACCACUAGACAAGGCUAGAGAACGUGUCGACGAAGGUCACAGGGAAGUUGCAGCAAUACUGCAGUCUCCUGGGGAGUGGAUGCUGCCACCUAAUCAAGAGAAUCGAAAACCAGAAACUGAAGUUGAGAACUUUACCGAGCCUAAAGGUGAUCCAGAGAUGGCUCCUGUUUACCUCAAGAGAUUGUUGCCAGUUUUCUGUGCCACGUUUCAGUCCACCAUGCUGUCCAGUGUGAGGAAAGCUAGUCUAAGUUUAAUCAGAAAAAUGGUACACUACAUUCAGCCAGAGCUGCUUGUCGAAGCAUGCGGAUCUGAAGGAACGGAUUGCGGUGCAACGCUGGUAGAGGUCAUUGCUACUGUGUUGGAUAACGAGGAAGAUGAAGAUGGGCAUUUGAUCGUCCUCCAAAUGAUUCAAGAUCUAAUGGUGAAAGGAAAAGAUGAAUUUUUGGAACAUUUCGCAAGACUAGGUGUAUUCUCCAAAGUUGCUACAUUGGCGACGGAGCCAGAAUCAGAGACUAGUCAGUCCGGGGAAGAACAAACCAUCGAAGAUGCUAGGGAACUUCUAGUUGGCAGAGCUUAUCAUUGGAGGGAUUGGUGUAUUUGCAGGGGACGUGAUUGUUUGUAUGUUUGGUCAGACGCAGCUGCUUUAGAAUUGUCAAACGGAAGUAAUGGCUGGUUCAGGUUUAUUCUCGAUGGUAAACUGGCCACAAUGUACUCGAGUGGUAGCCCAGAAGGUGGUACGGAUACAACGGGGAAGGGACGAAAUACAGAGUCGCUCACUACUGAAGAAAAUCGUGGAGAGUUUCUUGAGAAAUUACAAAGAGCUCGCACUCAAGUUAAACCAAAUUCUAUAAGCCAGCCUCUUCUUUCUCGUCCUGGUACGGCACGAUUGGUAGUUGGAAAUUGGUCUCUCUCGAGUCGAAGAGAAGGUGAAUUGUACAUCCAUAACAGCGACGGACAGCAGCAAGCAACUAUUCUGAGAGAAGAUUUGCCUGGAUUUAUUUUCGAAUCUAAUCGAGGCACCAAACAUUCCUUUACUGCUGAAACAAGCUUGGGCCCUGAGUUUGCAGCUGGCUGGGCAGGCAAGCGUGGAAAACGUUUACGAUCUAAGCUUGAAGCGAUUAAGCAAAAAGUUAAGAGUCAAGCGCAAGAAAUAUAUGAGCGUUAUUUCAAAGUGGCUCAGGCUCAACCUCGUGGAGUGGUGGCAAAACUUGGGACCAUUGUUAGUCAGAUAGAAAAGGCCUGUCAGAAACAGCAGUCUGGAAAUCGUGAAUGGCGUAACGUGUUGCAAAAUACGUUGGAAGAACUAAAGAUCUUGUUGAAUGAAGAAGGAAAAGUUUCAGCUUAUGAGUUGCACUCUAGUGGACUUGUGCAGACUUUACUCGCACUUUUAGCUGCGCCACCGGGACCACAACCACCAUCGUUGAGAGCUACUAAAUUGAGGCUUCAGAGGAUAGCAUUGUUCAAAAAUUGUUUCCAAGCUAAUGAUAUCAAUCAUGAACAGAGUUCUGCCAAAGUUUUAGUCCACAAGCUCGUUUCUGUGCUAGAAUCGAUCGAAAAACUUCCUGUAUAUUUGUACGAUACACCAGGUUCUGGAUACGGACUUCAGAUUUUGACAAGGAGGCUACGUUUCCGUUUGGAAAAAGCAGCCGGUGAAAGUGCAUUGAUUGACCGGUCUGGCAGAGGUUUGAAAAUGGAACCGUUGAGCACUGUACAACAGUUGGAACAUCACUUGUUGAAAAUGGUUGCAAAGCAAUGGCAUGACCAUGAUAGAUCCACAUUUAACUUUGUCAAAAAACUAAAAGAGGGUAACAAAAUGUCAUUCAAAUAUCAGUAUGAUUUCGACGAGAACGGACUGAUAUACUGGAUUGGAACUAAUGCCAAAACCAGUUCGGAGUGGGUUAAUCCGGGCCAGUAUGGACUUGUUGUGGUGACUUCCAGUGAUGGUCGUAUUUUGCCUUACGGCCGACUUGAAGACAUCUUGAGUCGCGAUACAUCAGCUUUAAAUUGUCACACAAACGACGACAAGCGGGCCUGGUUCUCAGUAGACUUAGGUGUAUGGCUUAUACCAAGUGCGUACAGUUUGAGGCAUGCCAGAGGAUAUGGCAGAAGUGCCUUGAGAAACUGGAUGUUGCAAGUAUCGAAGGAUGGGAUAAACUGGACUACCUUGUACACGCAUGUUGAUGACUGUUCUCUCAAUGAACCCGGAAGUACAGCAACUUGGACUCUUGAACCUCCAGCUGAAGAGGUUCAGGGUUGGCGUCAUCUUCGCUUACAGCAAACUGGCAAAAACUCGUCUGGUCAAACGCAUUAUCUGUCCAUGUCUGGCUUGGAAAUUUAUGGUGAAGUCACAGGAGUAUGCGAAGAUUUAGGUCGAGCUGCUAGGGAAGCUGAAGCGAGCGUUCGCAGACAAAGGAGAUUAGUCAGAACUCAAGUUCUUAGGCAUUUGGUUGCGGGUGCACGUGUCGCCAGAGGACUUGACUGGAAAUGGAGAGAACAGGAUGGUGUUCCACCGGGAGAAGGCACAGUAACGGGAGAAUUGCACAAUGGUUGGAUAGAUGUAACUUGGGACCACGGUGGCUCUAACUCAUAUCGCAUGGGUGCAGAAGGAAAAUACGACUUAAGGCUAGUGAGCACAGGUGUGGAAAGUGAAAAUGGCAUGAAAACUAAAAAUGGUGCAAGUGUACUAACCAGCAGGAAGUCUAGCAGUACGCCCAGUUUACCAGACUGUACAGAUGCUGUGAUGCGAGGAUCUGUCGCAUCGACAGACCAAGCCGCUAGUGCUGACAAUUUGGCUGCAAAGCAAGCAGAGUCCAUAGCAGAGAGCGUCCUGUCAGUGGCCCGUGCAGAAGCAGUUGUAGCGGUAACUGGAGAAGGCGCUGCCAGUGCAGCGGGUGAACUGUCUGUUGUUUUACAUCCAAGACCCGAUGCAACCAGUGACUUGGCAACUAUUGUUGAAAGUCUUGCGCUGAAUACUGAAUACUCAAUUAACAGCAACAGUAAUCGUGCUACAAACAGUUCUAAACCUCACUUUCCUACAGUUCGAGGGAACAAGCCUGCGAGUGGUCUGUUGAGUUUGGAAGCAGCAGAAGUGUUGGAUCGUAUGCGCGAAGGUGCAGACAGGUUGCGUAAUAAUACUAACAGUUUCUUGAGUGGGGAAUUACUCGGUUUGGUUCCUGUUAGAAUUAGCGUGUCUGGUGAGACUGACGAAAGUUCAAUGAGGAUUCGACCCGUGACUAGACAUCAUCCAGGAAUCACUGACAACAUGAAAGAGUGCGGGCGUGACAAAGAAGCUAGUUCGUCAUCUCAGAAUGCUCCUGGAUGUCCCAUCGUAGUAACAAAUCCCAUGUCUGUAUCUGUACCAAAUCUUACCUGUACAGAAGCUAACAAUACCUUGGAACCAGCAGCAGCUACCGGAUUCCUAGAGACUUUUGCUGCAAUGGCUCGCAGACGAACUUUGGGUCCCGCAGGUGGCCAACACAUAGCUCCAAACUCAAACUCCGGUUCAAAUCCUCGCGGGCCAAACUCUGUGUCUAGUUUGGUGAGGUUAGCAUUGAGCUCCAACUUCCCUGGAGGCUUGCUGAGCACCGCUCAAAGCUAUCCAAGUCUUACUAGCAGUGGCCAAGUUGCAGGCAGUGGAGUUACAACAACUACAGGACCUAGCCUUGGUCAAGCUCUUACUAUGUCUCUGACUAGUACAAGUAGUGACAGCGAACAGUUGUGGCUCCAGGUUAGUGUCGAAGAUUUUGUCGAAUCAUGCAGCGGAGUCGCAGGAACUGGUGUUGUUGGUGGCCGUGGUAUAGGUGGCCCAACUCUGUUAGGUGAAUUAGAAGAUGACGAAGAUGGCGCUCUUGCCGAAGAAGAUGAUGAUAAUGAAGAAAAUGAACAAGAGGAAGACGAUGAAGAAAAUGAAGAAGAAGGUGACGGAGGUGAAGGUGAAUAUGAAGAGGUGAUGGUGAGUCGCAACCUAUUGGCAGCGUUCAUGGAAGAGGAAGCACAGCCUCAGCCUACUAAAAGACGAGCUUGGGAUGAUGAAUUUGUGCUGAAACGUCAGUUUUCCGCUCUAAUACCUGCUUUCGACCCAAGGCCGGGCAGGACAAAUAUUAACCAGACGACAGAUCUCGAAGUUCCGCCACCAGGCAGUGAACUACAAAUGAGUACACGCUCAGGUUUACCGACAAGUCCUAAACUAUCUUUGACCCUGAAAGGUCCAGGACUCCCUGGUAUUCCUGAUGUUGAAGUGCCUCUCACUGAACCUCAGUCUACAAUAUUCCAGGUGGUUCAAGAGCUAAUGCAGCUUACAGAAUUGGGCAGCAGACAGGAGAAAUUGAGAAGGAUAUGGGAACCGACUUACACAAUAGUUUACAAAGAAACUAAAGACGAGGAAUCAUCCGGCCGUGCUACGCCCAUAAUAACAUUAUACUCACGGAAUCAAAUACAGAACACAAGUGCCUGUACAGUAGAAGACGUCUUACAACUUUUGCGACAUGUGUUUGUACUGAGCGCGAUGCGUGAGGAGAAUAAAGAUACUAUUAUGGACGAUAGUAGUCCAGAAAGCUAUUGGGUCAAUCCAGACGAUUUCACGUCGAAAAAGAUUACAAACAAAGUUGUACAACAGAUUCAAGAUCCAUUGGCCCUCGCAGCUGGAGCCUUACCCAGUUGGUGCGAGGAGCUAGCAAGAAGUUGCCCGUUUUUGCUACCGUUCGAGACAAGAAGAUUGUACUUCAGUUGCACAGCUUUCGGAGCAUCGAGGUCAAUAGUUUGGCUACAAACUCAAAGAGAUGCUGUAUUAGAAAGGCAAAGAGCGCCAGGGCUCAGUCCCCGAAGAGACGAUAGCCAUGAAUUUAGAGUAGGAAGACUAAAACACGAGAGGGUCAGUGUGCCCAGGGGAGAGAAAUUACUUGACUGGGCUGAGCAGGUGCUCAAAGUACAUGCAAGCCGUAAGAGCAUACUAGAGGUGCAGUUUGUUGGUGAAGAAGGCACCGGCCUUGGACCUACUUUGGAAUUCUUUGCGUUAGUUGCCGCUGAAUUACAACGCAAAGAUUUAGGCCUGUGGUUGUGCGAUGACGAGCAAACUUGCGAGGAAGAGAAAUCCUGCCCACCUGGGGAACAAAUUCGUCCGCCAGGAUACUAUGUCGUUAGACCAAGUGGACUUUUCCCAGCUCCAUUACCUCAAGAUUCGCCAGUUUGCGACAAGGCUGUCCGGUAUUUCUGGUUCCUAGGUGUAUUCUUAGCCAAAGUUUUACAAGAUAAUAGACUUGUGGAUAUACCGCUAUCCCAACCUUUCUUGAAACUUAUGUGUCGCGGAGAUAUCACCAACAAUGUCAACGAAAGAAUAGGGUUAAAUACAGUUCCACAAGAGAGUAUGCCAUCCAGCAUGGCGAGUAGUUUCAUCUCUGAAGAAGGCGAACUUGAUGCACAAUAUUCUCUUGAGCAAACUCCUUGGUAUGAUGGUAUACUUAACAUCGACGAUUUAGCCAUUGUAGAUCCGGUCAGAGGCGAGUUUCUUAAACAAACCCAAAGCCUAGUGUCAAGACGCGAUAGAACUCUCUCUGACGGUCCAUUAACAGAGGAAGUAAGAGAUUCAUUACACAUCACUCAUCCGUCUGGUACAUCAAUUUCCAUUGAAGAUCUGGCUUUGACAAUGAGCUAUGCCCCCAGUUCGCGAAUCUUUGAACACGAACAAGUUGAACUGAAAGAGGGAAGUGUAAAUAUUCCUGUGACGCUAGAUAAUGUCCAUGAAUAUGUAGAUCUGACAGUAAAAUACUGCUUGGAACGAGGUAUCGCCAGGCAGCUGGAUGCGUUCAAAGCUGGCUUCUCCAAGGUAUUUUUAAUGGAAAAAUUACACGCCUUCAGCCCGGAAGAAAUUAGAGCCAUGCUAUGUGGAGAACAGGACCCUCACUGGACCAGGGAGGACUUACUGAAUUACACGGAGCCCAAACUGGGAUAUACUAGAGAAAGUCCUGGAUUCCAACGAUUUGUGAAUGUGCUGCUAUCACUUACGGGACCGGAGCGGAAAGCUUUUCUUCAGUUUGCGACAGGUUGUUCAGCAUUGCCACCAGGUGGCCUAUGCAACCUGCAUCCUAGAUUAACUGUGGUUCGUAAGGUUGACGCUGGGUCCGGAGGUUUUCCUUCAGUAAACACAUGUGUGCAUUAUCUAAAGUUACCAGAAUACCCAACUGAAGAGCUUCUAAAGGUGAGGCUUUUGGCUGCAACUCGAGAAAGAGGAUUCCACUUGAACUAGGCACUCUGUAACUUAAUGAAAAUAAAUGUUUGUAUUUGUGGGUAAGUAAAAAGAAGAGAAAACAAAAUUGAGUCAUCGAAAAAAUGAACUGUCUAUGUUUUAUGGAUUGAAUUAAGUUUGAUAACAACCACAGGUAGUUAUACUAUGUAAGGAAUGGGGAUAGGUGAACAUCUAUCACAAAUUCGCAAUGAAGUAUACAUAUGAAAUAUAUAUAUUAUACGUGGAAUAUAUAUGGGGCAUUCCAUGUCAAUUCGCCGGGCCAUUAGCCUGACCCC